CUACAGUCUCUUGAUGAUCCGACGGCGGUCAUCCAAGAGCUCUACCGCGCCCAUCCAAACCCGGACGGUUUCCCUCGCCUCGUGGCUGAGCACUUCCAAAAACUCUUCGAGAGCCCGAACAUGUUCAAACGCAUUCCUAUACUCGAUGUCCGACGGCCCCCAGAGUCCCACAGGGAUCGCGCAGUCGUUCGCUUCCGCGCGAUGGUGCAAGACACAUCCCUCUCUACGGAGAUGUAUCUCUCCAAAUUCUCGGAUGGCAGCUGCGGCGGCUGGGGGAUAUACGAGACCGAAGGAGGGAGCAGCUCGAGCUCCCCAGAUGUGGAAUACACGAACUUACGGGAGUGCAGUGUCCUCUGGGCAACUAGCGUUCCUGCGGAGUCGAAAUGGUGUGCGGAUGAACUCAAUGGUCUCAGAACGGUACCAGACGAUUCUUUAUAUGUUCCGCCGUCUGCGACGGUCUCUCCGCGGUCCUACAAAUAUCCUCAUGCAGAGACUGGGCACGUCGGAGUACAAGUGAAGCUAUAUGACAGAGAAGGCACGGAGUCCUACAAAUCUACCGAAAUCGUCACAUUCGUCGGGAUCCUGUCAUCCGAGCCAUGCAGCUUGGAACAAACGAGCGCACCACCGUCGGACGCACCAACGCUACACGUCCUCUUUACGCAAUCACACAGCCCGACCUUUGUCGACCGCCCAUUUCCUCGAAAAGAGAGGCCUGCGCAGAAUGUGCAUGUCGUCAGCAGCGCGGAUUCGCAAUCAUCGCCGCGUGCCGCAGAGGACAACGCGCAAGUCCGGGAGGAACUCAUCUCAUGGAUCGCGGAUGAGGCUCUUGGAGGCGACCGAGUCGCCGCAGAAUGGGUGCUUAUGUCUUGCAUCUCCAAAGUACAAUCUCGCCACCCACCCCUGCACCCACCCUCGCUCACCAUCUCCCGGUUUCCGUCGCCUCCUCCCGUGCCGACGACCACCGUAACCACAUCAUCACCCACACCUACACUAUCUGCUGUUCUCCAACUGCUCCUACCCCUAAUCCACACACUGCCCCUUUCACUCGACACUCUGAAUAAGAGCCACUUCGUGCCGGAGAGCAAGGAUGAGGACCUGCAUGCAGGUGUGCUGCAGCUUCCCCAAGGGACGGUGCUUCUCGUUACCGAGGGUGAUGUGACUGAAGGCCAGCUUCUAGAACGCGGGGUAAUGAACGUGCGCGCCC